AUGAAAAAAGAGAAAAUUUACUGCCAGUCUGAGGAUGCGGGUUCGAUUCCCGUUACUCGCUCCAUUAAUGGCGAAUAUGGCGAAGUGGUUAACGCACUAGUUUGUGGAACUAGCAUUCGCGAAGCCAUUAAACAAAAAGAAGGCAGUGGUAAUCUCGGGGGCGGAGGUUAUGGUCACAAAAGCGGUUGA